AUGUCAGGUAUAUUUACGGACACUGAGAUGAAUGAGCAAUACCAGGAGGACGAUAACUUUAACCAACAAGAAGAGCUAGUAAGUGACCAAGAUAUGAUGGAUGAACAGAAUGAAUUCGAACAAGAUUUCAGAGAUGAAUUUACUGAGGGAGCGUUUUUUUCUGAAUCUGAUAUGUCAGAAGAUAUCCUUGAAGCCGCUUAUGUGGUUGACUCCGUGCAAGACAUUACAACUUUGAAAUUUAGUGAGAAUAUUGCGGAGGAAAUUGGCAAAUACCACUUUUCUACUUUGCAGCUUGCAUUUGAUUUUUAUAUGAAGUACUCAAAGUCGAUGGGCUUUAGUGCAAGGAAGAGCAAGACCUUCAAGAAUAGUACUGGCGAGAUUUACAAAAAAAAGUUUGUAUGUCAUAGGCAAGGAUUCAGGAUGGAGAAAUAUUACACGAUGAAAAAAAGGAAGAAGGAGCCUAGAUUGGAAACAAGAACUGGAUGUGAAGCCCGAAUGGAUGUUGAAUUUGUACCAGAAAGUGGAAGGUGGCAUAUCUUUUAUUUCUUUGACGAACACAACCAUGAUCUAUUGGAUACACAAUUUAGUGCUAUGUUGCCUGCCCAUAGAAAAAUGUCAGAGGCAGAUAUUAUGUAA